GCGGGGCGUUCGGCGGCGGCGCGGCCCGGACAGCGAAACAGACGGCGGCGGCGGCUUCGCUCGGCGACCCUCACGCCUCUCCUCCGCCUGCCGCCAUGUGCGAGCCCAGCAAGCAGGACAUCAGCGCCAUCUUCAAGCGGCUCCGCUCCGUGCCCACCAACAAGGUAUGUUUUGACUGUGGAUCGAAAAACCCUAGCUGGGCAAGCAUAACAUAUGGAGUCUUUCUUUGUAUUGAUUGUUCAGGGACGCACCGAUCACUUGGCGUGCACUUGACUUUCAUUCGAUCUACAGAACUGGAUUCCAGUUGGUCUUGGUUUCAACUGAGGUGCAUGCAAGUUGGAGGAAAUGCAAAUGCUUCUGCUUUUUUUCAUCAACAUGGAUGCACAACAAAUGACACCAAUGCAAAGUAUAACAGUCGAGCUGCUCAGCUUUACAAGGAGAAGAUUAAAUCUCUUGCAACACAAGCAACAAGAAAGCAUGGUACUGAUCUGUGGAUAGAUGGAUGUGGAAUGCCACCUGCAUCACCUCAACACAAAGAAGAGGACUUUUUUGCGUCCCAUGCUUCUUCCAAGAAUACAGAAUGGGUAUUAUCAGAGCCAGAACCAGUUCCUCUACAACAGAAAGCUUCAGAAAACAUCCCAGAAAGCUAUGAAGGUGGACCAGAACAUGGACCAAGUGUUGAUUGCCUUAGUACAUCACCAAAAGCCACAUUAGAGAACACCACCUUUAUAAAAAAGAAGCCAAAUCAGGUUAAGAAAGGGCUUGGUGCCAAAAAAGGCGGUUUGGGAGCACAGAAAGUCAGCAGCCAAAGCUUUAAUGAGAUUGAAAAACAAGCACAAGCUGUAGAUAAAAUGAAGGAACAAGAGGAUCUUCAUAGCAGUAAGAAAAUAGAAAUGGAAGAGCCACUCGUAUCAUCUUUACGAUUGGCCUACAGAGAUCUUGAUAUUAAAACAAAAGAAGAAAAGUUAAAUCUAUCUGGUAAGAAGAAAAAUGAACUAGAGAGGCUUGGCAUGGGAUUUGGCAGCAACAGAAGUGGCAUUUCCCACUCUGUCAUCUCAGAUAUGCAGACAAUAGAACAGGAAACACCAACAGUUGCAAAACCAAAGAAAAAGUACAUAGAUGAUGCAGAAGACUCCUAUUUCUCUUCUUCUAGUUCAAGGUACUAUGAUUCUUCAGAUUUGAGAAGCAACACUUUCUCUAAAUGGGAUGACAAUUCAGAUCCUUUCUGGAAGAAGGAAAGUAAUAGUAGAGAUGUUGAUGUAAUAUUAACUCCAAAAAAUACAGGAUUUUCAGAGAGGCCUGCAUCUCGUCGUAAGCCUGAAUAUGAGCCAUCUUUAAGCACCAGUGAGGCACAAAAGAAAUUUGGCAAUGUAAAAGCAAUCUCAUCAGACAUGUAUUUCGGAAGGCAAGAUCAUGCAGAUUAUGAAGCUAGAGCUCGACUGGAAAGACUUUCUGGAAGCUCCUCUAUAAGUUCAGCUGACUUGUUUGAAGAUCAGAAAAAGCAACCAGCAGGAAGCUACAACAUUACAAACGUCUUGCCUUCCGCUCCUGAUAUUGCCCAGUUUAAACAAGGAGUGAAAUCAGUGGCUGGAAAGCUUUCUGUACUCGCUAAUGGAGUCAUGACAUCUAUACAGGAUCGAUAUGGUUCUUAACAACUUGCAUAUCAAUGAAGUACACUAAAGAAGAGUUUCUCUUCAGAUGCACAAGUAAUCACACUGCUGAUUUGAAUAAAGGUUGCCUUAAGACUGUUCA